AUGCCUAAAGCAGGCAAAUCCUCAGCCUCGUCCGGCACUCGCAAGAAGCACGCCAAAAAGUCUGGCAAGGGCGAGGAAGACGCAGCGGCUCCCCAGCAGCCCGCUCAGAGGGGUCAAAAGAAGCUUAGCAAGGCACAAAAGAAGGCCCAGCCAAAAGUCAAGCAGUAUAUCCCUCCGCCCAAACCGCCUGCACCGCCUAUCCCGGAUCCACUCGAUGGGCAGGGUCUAGCGCGAUCGCUGCCUGCCGACCUGGUGGUCAUCCUGCGGAGACUAGGGAAGAAGGACGAGGUGACUAGGCGGAAGGGAUUGGAGGAGCUCCGCGAAUGGGUCUCGAAGGACGGCGAUGAGGUGGAGAAGGAGCUUCAGGAGACUGCCCUCUUCUCCGCAGUGCCUGUCUGGCUGCACAACCUCGCAAGCCUCCUCCAAUCCCCCUUCCACCGCUCGCUCUCCCUGCAGCUGCAAUCGGACCUCCUCGCUAUCCCCUCCAUUCGGUCGGCUAUCCUCGACUCGCUAUCGCUUGGCCUCCUCCCAGGCACUCAGAACCGCGAUGUUCUCGGCUCGUGGCUUGUUGCUGCUCUCGAAGAUGGGCGUCGAACCGGAGUUACUGCUAGCUGGGAGGGCAGCACCAGCUGGACGGAAGCGGACGGUCGGAUCAAUCUCGCAGAGCACUUGGGCUCUCUAGUAGAGUACUUGUCACUCGGUAUCCUUGACCCCGCUUCACUCCAUGACGACAUACAUCCUGCCCCAGUCUCCAAUGCCGUCGCGCCAGCCGUCAAGAAGGGCGGCAAAGCCAAGUUUGUCCUCCCUGCGGAAACAGCGCCAGCUGUUCCAGAAGAGGACACCUCGUCCAGUGAGCGCCUGGCCCGCUACAGGAUCGGCGGGCUCGUCGGUCUCUCCCGAGUCGCCCAGGACAUUGCCAAGAACAACAUCCCGUUACCGGAGGAGCUCGUCGCGCUACUCCGCCAUUCGGACGUCUGGUCCUCGCUAUCCUCCGAACCGGUGGAUGAGGCGGCCAACCUCGGUCUCGAACAGCCAGCCAUACGCAAAGCUGCCUACACACUUCUUGAUACCCUCAUCGACACCUAUCCGGAAGAAGUGGGGAGGGAGGAAACUUUGAAACUGCUAUCCGUUGCGGUUUUGGCCAGCUGCUGGUCAGAGAAGGACUCGUCGGUGUGGCAACAGGGGGGUCAGGCGAUCGUGAAAUUUCUAAGUACAUGUCGAGACGCGACGGAUACGCCAUCGGAAUCAGACGAGGAGAGCGACGAAGAAGAGGAGGACGAAGAAGAGGCCAAGGCAUUCAAAGGGGAGGAUAACGAAGACGAAGAGCCCAAGACAUCAUACCCCAAACCCUUUGCCGACUUCCUGGGGUGGGUGUCGACCAUCUGCCCUAGCCUUCCUCACCUGACCUAUCCCCUCCUCCUCGUUAUCGUCUCGACUUUACCCGAUGAGCUCCUACCGCUCGAGGGAGGACCCUCGGAACCGCUUCAGAGCUUCCUCACCCAUUUAUGGUCACCCAUGGACGCUCGACUUCUCUCGACCCACUCCCUCCCCAAUCAGCAAUCCGCGUUCCAGGCAUUCUUCCAAGAUGCAGUGGAUUGCACGGUCUUCCUCCUCGGAAAGGCGAUGCGGCGGCAGGAUGGUCAGGGAACGGCGGAGUGGCUUGUCCAGGAACAGCUUGUGGGGCGGGCAUGGGGAGAGGGAGUUUUGGAUAUGGGAGCGAAAGGCGGAAAGAGGCGCGGACAGGAUACUGCGCCAGAGUUUGAAGCAGACGUCUUUGGCAAGGCGCUGGGCAGGAUUGCCUUGCUCGACGAGCCGGUACUGGACAAGGCGGUGGUACAGCUUCGUGACAUCCUCGUCACAAGGUGCGGGCAGCUCGAGAGCGACGACUUGUCUAAAGCGUCGAGCAGCUUGUUGCUUCGUACUCCGGCGAUUUUGUCUGCCGUUCGAGGCGCGAAUGACAAUACCGCUGUUCUUGCGGGACUGGCAGAGGUAGCGAAGGCGGUUCACCAGGUGGCGGCGGACGGACUCAGCCGGUCUGCGAGUGCGCAGAGUACCGACGCACCGAUCUACGCCGAGGUCCUGCUCUCUGGACUCUCGGGCGGGAUUGUAGACGCAGAGACGAUACAGACCUUUGCUGGCGGACUCAGCAGGACUGCCCCGACCCUAGCUACUCUUCUCUCCCCCUCCCUCUUCAUCGGUUUGUUCGAAGCCACGGGAAAAUACGCCCCCAGCGCAAAUCUGGCGACCUCACUAUGGGCCGUCAUCGACUCUCCCAACACCCCUCGGGAGACCAGGUUUGCGCUUUCCAACAUUUUAGCGGCCACGGCCGACUCUACCUUUGUGGGCGAAGGCGCGCUGGAUCAGAUCACCCUGGAAGCUACCGAAACGGCCUUGUCCACUUCGGCAGGCGUGGAAGUGGCUGUUUCUGCUAUCAAGCGGUCGAAUGGAUUAUCAGACGAUGCGCUGCAUACCGUCCUCGCUCUCGUCUGCACCUCCAUUCACGAUCAGGUUGACGACAUUAUCAACGGGUCUGAGGAAGCCAUCAUCCCUUCAGCGGCGCUCGACAUCUUUUCGGCGUAUGCCCAGCAACACCCAGAAGAGACUGCUCAAUCCGAUGUCCUCCUCCAUGCGCUAAUCGCGGUCCAUCAUUUGAUCUUCCUCCUGCCCCGGAACUCUAUGGAGGAGUUCCAAGCCCCAGCGUCCGCUUUGGCGAUAUGGAAGACGGUCCAGCAAAUGUCCGAGGACGGGCAAGAUAUUGUCGAGUACAAGGUGUCGGCGGCACUGAGGGAUAUGCUGGGUCAGGUCUCGUGUCUCAUAGAACCUGGUAUUCUUGUGGAUGUCGCCUUGUCCUCCAAGAUCGGCAAGAAGCAGCAGUCGCCGUCGGACGUCCGAGAUUCGCUACUGCCAUCAGCGCAAGCUCUCCUCACCCUGCCCACCGCUCCGGCGUACCCAUCAUUGUCCAUCAUCGACCCCCUUGUCCCCGUCACCGAUAGCACGGUCGACAGUACCGGUACGUUCGACCACCAGGGCCGAUCUCUGGCCGCGCGGUACGCCGAAGCAGCCUUAGCCAUCCUUCGCGCGGACCGACAACUCGCACAGACCAGCACCGAUCUGCUUGUAUUGGUUUUGUUUGCCGCAGUCUUUGCACAAGACACGCUCGACAUACCCGUCGGUGGACGCGGCUUCUAUGCGCCUUCGGUCAGUCGGAUACUUCUCGAGGAUCUCGUUCGGGAGGUCAACGGCGCUCUCUCCAUCGCUCUGGCGAGCGUGGACGAGGCUGUCGUCAAAUGGCACGAGUCUGCGGUUGCUGCGCUGGCGACGAGAUCUCCCUCCGAGCCACAGGACUUUCUCCAGCAGCUAUUCGUCUCGCUCAAAUCUGCAUCUGUGGCGAGCCAGAGCGAUACCGCUCCUCGCGUCCUGCGCGACGUCCUCAGUCGUCACCUCAGACAGAGUGGAGCUGGCGAAAAGGAGGCCGAAGUAUGGCUCGCCUUUGGCAUGUCAAUGAUGGAAAGAUCUGCACCCAUCUUCAUGGCCGUCAUUUCCGCCGUCAAGCCCCUCUUGCUCGAUUCGGAACGCCUUCAGACUGCUCAAAACCGACUAGCAUCGUAUCUUACCACUAUCAAGCCAUCGCAAGCGGCCAAAGAGGCUAUUCCCGCACUCCGCCGCCUCCUCGCCUCCGCUCCACCAUCAGACGCCCCCUCCCUCUUCCUCCCUCAGCAGCGCGCCAUCUUCGUUCUACGGCACGUCGGGCACUGGCUGACCUCCGACGACGCCGACGACUUUGACGAGAGCAUGGAGGUCUACGUUGCCCAAUUGUACACUGUGCUGGCGCCGGUCGUCCAAGAUGUCAGCGGGGGUCACUGGGAUGCCAUCUUUGAUUUGGUCGAAAGCGGUCUUGAGACCGCUUCAAUGGAAGAUGUCUCGACCCAUCCCUUACUGUACCGCUGCCUCGAGCUCUUACAGCAAGUCCGGGACCUGGCAUCGUCAAACAAGGCUCUGCGAGCGCUUUGGGUCGGCAAGGAUCGCCAGCUGGAGCUUGUUCUGAAGCUGUUCCUGCAAUGUCGUCAAGCCAACACUACUCCGCUUCGGCUUAUACACGCGGCGGUGCUCGACCUCCUCCAAGAUGUUCCCGAUAAAGCUACCGAAGCGGCGGAUCUCGGCCAACUGUGCGAGCUGCUACGUCAGUCUACCUCCAGCGCCAUCCAGAGCACGGCAUACCGGGUCUUGGCCAAGGUCAUCAAGACUCGUACCAUCGCUCUGGUCGUCGAGGUCGAGGGAUCGGUUGCGGAAGCCGAGGAGGGCCAUGUUCCAAGGGAGAUCCUCCUCCCGGCCGGUCUCGUUGACAUUGUUCGGUCUCCCGUGGAGUGGUACAGCGAACUAGCUGUGCCGACCGCCUUGGCUCAUCUGCUGGGCUGGAUGGCAAUCUUGGACCACUUUGAUGAUGCCUCUCGAACUCUGCGCUGGGCAUAUCUUGACCAGAUCAACUCGACCAAGCUCAUGGAGGAGUCGUUGAUUCCCAUGCUCUUUGCUAUUCUAGGCGUAACCGAGGUCGGCGCCUGGAACUUUCCAUCCAGUCAAUUUGGCGUGGACGAGUUUUACCCAGAUCUGCUCGACCCGGAAGAGCUACCGGAUCUCGCUCCACUCGCAUCUCAUCUAUUCUACCGCGCCCUUACAACCCUCCCCUCCGCCAUGCGCACGUACUACGAAUCGCUCAAAGACCGUCAACUCAGCAUGUCGAUGCUAAACUUCACCGCUAGACACUACAGUCCCGUCAUUAUCCGGCACGAGUUCUCGGCUCUUCGCGAGCCCUCGGCCAUGGCCAUUCUGACCGAAGAGGGCCUAAACGUCCGGAUCGCUCAGGGAGGAGGUGCUACCGUCGCUGCGGGGACAGGGUCGGCCGAGGCUAUCGCCAGCUACGUGGUGGACGAGCAGCCCAUGGAGAUCGGGAUCCGGCUUCCAGCCGAGUUUCCCUUGCGCGGUGUCGAGAUCAGGGAUCUGAAGCGGGUGGGCGUGCCGGAGAACAAGUGGAGGGGGUGGUUGAUGAGCGUCCAGCAGACCAUCACGUCGCGGAAUGGGUUGAUCUUGGAGGCGUUGACAGUGUUCAAGAAGAAUGUGUCUUUGCACUUUGAGGGGGUCGUCGAGUGUGCGAUCUGUUACUCCAUCAUCUCUCUGACGGAUCGGACCUUGCCUACUAAGCCAUGUCGGACAUGCAAGAAUCGAUUCCAUGCCAGCUGCUUGUUCAAGUGGUUCAACUCGAGUCACUCGUCAAGUUGUCCGAUGUGUAGGGCGUUAUUCUAG